CAGGAAUUACUGUAAUUAUAGAGAGAACCUGAAUUACAAUGGGGGACGACAGUGAGUGGAUGAAACUGCCCAUUGACCAGAAAUGUGAACACAAGCUGUGGAAAGCCAGAUUAAAUGGUUAUGAAGAAGCCCUUAAGCUCUUCCAGAAGAUAGAUGAUGAAAAGAGUCCCGAAUGGUCCAAGUAUCUUGGAUUGAUAAAAAAAUUUGUGACAGACUCCAAUGCAGUGGCUCAGUUGAAAGGUCUGGAAGCAGCGCUCGCUUAUGUUGAAAAUGCUCACGUAGCAGGGAAGACAACAGGAGAAGUAGCAUCUGGAGUUGUAAAUAAAGUGUUCAAUCAGCCGAAAGCCAGAGCAAAAGAACUGGGUCUGGAUAUAUGUCUAAUGUAUAUAGAAAUUGAGAAAGGGGAAGCAGUACAAGAAGAAUUACUGAAGGGUCUGGACAACAAAAACCCAAAAAUCAUAGUAGCAUGUAUAGAGACACUGAGGAAAGCACUAAGUGAAUUUGGUUCAAAAAUAAUCUCACUGAAGCCAAUCAUUAAAGUAUUGCCAAAACUUUUUGAGUCUCGGGAAAAGGCUGUUCGAGAUGAAGCCAAACUCCUUGCUGUGGAGAUCUACCGUUGGAUACGGGAUGCCCUGAGACCUCCAUUGCAGAACAUAAAUUCUGUUCAGCUAAAAGAACUGGAAGAAGAAUGGGUCAAAGUGUCAUCAGCUGCUCCUAAGCAGACCAGGUUCUUGCGUUCCCAACAGGAGCUGAAAGCAAAAUUUGAGCAGCAGCAGGCAGUUGGAGGAGAUGCAGAUGGAG